UUCAUUCGUCCAUCUGAGAAGACGACAGGAAGCUUAGUCCCUUCUUCUCUGAACACAGGGAAGACAAAAGUAAGGAGGGAGGGGGACACUGAAGAACGGUGAAGGAAGGAUGGACAGAGUUUGAGUCCUGGCUGAUCCUCAGAUAUUUGGGGGGGUCAUGACGUCCCAGGAGGAGACGUCUUCCUUCAGGAGGUUUUUUCAGUAUGUGGAGGACAGCGGACUCCAUACAUACGAUGGUCUAGUGAUCCAAAAUGCCUCCGACAUUGCCAGAGAGAGCGACCGCAUACGGAACCAGACCAACUGGACCUAUUUGCAAGAAAAACACCAGAAGAAGAGACGGCAGGAAGAAUCCAUCAAAAGGAUUGGUGAAGAUGUUCCUGCAGCAACAGAUGGAGCAUACUCUGGAAAGCAUUUCAGGAUGGGCUUCAUGACGAUGCCAGCACCUCAGGACCGGCUGCCCACAUCCAGCCAAGGCUUCACUGUCCGAUCCCAGUCCCUCCACUCAGUGGGUGGAGGAGAAGAAGACCCCAACCACAGUCGCAAGCAGCCUCCACCCAAACCCAAAAGAGACCCCAACACCAAAUUGAGCAGCAGCUCUGAGGCAGUGGAUGGAAGCUGUGGAUUCACCAAAAGAGAGUAUCAAGAAACCAAAGACGUUGCAGAACAUUCAGAAGCUCACCGCCAUCUACAUACCGAAGACUCCAAAAAAAUGCCCCCACCCAAACCUAGAAGAGACCCCAACACUCAGCUGAGCUCUUCCUUCGACGAGUCCUUCAUUCGUAACUAUGGCAACAAGAAGUCUUCCUUGCAAGGGGACAAAUCUUCAUCCCAAAGUCAGAGUCCAGCAUCCAGAGACACAGACGACGAGGAGCCGGUUUACAUUGAGAUGGUGGGGAACAUCCUCCAGGAUCUGAAGGGUCAGGAUGCUGUGGAAGAUGAGCAGAGUGAGUCGGUGUACGAGGAGAUGAAGUACCCGAUGUUGGAGGACUUCCUGCAGGACGCACAGUCUGCCAUCAUUGAUGCUGAAGCAUGGUUGUCUCGAGGCUUGCUCUGUGACAUCCCUCCGCCCUUCCCCAACCUCCUGACUCACCGUCCACCGCUGCUUGUCUUCCCACCCGCCCCAGCUCAGUGCUCCCCCAACUCUGAUGAGUCCCCCCUCACCCCUCUGGACGUCACUCGUCUGCCCAUGUUAGAAAAUGCCGGCUAUAAGUCAGGUGCUGUCGAGCACCCACAGAGCUCCGGCCACCACCGCAAGGACCGGGACCGAGACCGAGACCGAGACCGAGACCGGGACCGGGACCGGGACCGGGACCGGGACCGGGACCGGGACCGAGACCGGGACCUGCCUUACACCCACACUAUCACCUCCUCUGGCCGCUCGUCAGCUCCACCUCUGCCCUCUAGCUUCUACAAAUCAACUAGCUCCACCCACAGCGGUCAUGGUUACCCCCGUAGCCAAUCGGCGUGUCCCUCUCCGGUCAGCAAGGGGCGGCCUUUGACUCCUCUGAGCUUGAAGAGGCCACCGCCAUAUGAUACUCUUAUAGCUGGAGGAAGUAUGCCUCGAUCAUCAUCUUCAUCAUCAUCAUCCUCACAGAGGGUGAGUGAGGGUGGGGCUAAAGUCAGUAGCUCCUCCUCCACCCACAGCUCCAUGCACAACGUGUCAGUGAGGUCACAGACUCCACCAAGUCCAAUGGAUGAGCUCAGCAACCUGUUUACGUCUGGCAAGCAGGCGAUGAGGAGGACGUCAUCAGGGAGGAAGACCAGGGAGGGGGAAGGAGAGUCCAAGUCUCUGCCGAGGCACGACAGUAAAGACAGAGACGGACUGUCGAGUCCAGUGUCCAGCAGGAUGGGGAGGUCAUCUGUCAGCCCCACCACCAUGCUGUCAGGAGGAGGAGAAACAAAGUCUGUGUGUAAACUGGGACGAUCUGCAUCGACAUCAGGAGUUCCAUCACCAGGUGGGACACCACUACGUCACCUGCAGGAGUCCCAUCAUCCCGCCCUCAGCCAGGUAACACACCUGUGAAGCACCUGCUCCUCU